AUGCAGUGGUUUUCUCUCCUGCCUCGUGUACAUCCUUAUUUUGCCCUAAAAUGUAACGUUGAUAGAGGAUUUUUAGCCACUUUACUAGCCUUUGGAUUUGGUUUUGAAGGUGUUAGUAAGGCUGAAAUCGAUACAGUUUUGAAAAUGGGGGCUUCACCUGAAAAGAUUAUUUUUGCUAAUCCAUACAAGCCAAUUUCUCAUAUAAAAUACGCUGCUCAUCAAAACGUAAAUCUGAUGACAUUCGACAACGUCACAGAAUUAUAUAAGAUCAAAGAGUUUUAUCCAAAAGCAAGGUUACUUUUACGUUUAAAAUUUGAUGAUCCUAGAUCGAAGUAUGAAUUGGGUAAAAAAUACGGCGUUGAAAUUGAUGAAGUUACGCAUAUACUACAGAUAGCGCGCGAGUUACAGCUAAAUGUCGUUGGAAUUAGUUAUCACGUCGGUGGCGGAUAUACCGAUGCCUGUAAUUUUUUGAAAGCUAUAGAAUUAGCUAAAACUGCCUUUAAUUAUGCGAAAUCGAUAGGAAUUAAUUUUAAUGUUUUGGAUAUUGGUGGUGGAUUUCCUGGCCAAGCAAAUUCACUUUUUAAGAAAAUUUGUAGCAAUAUCAGCAGCGCUUUAGAUAAGCAUUUCCCAGUUGAAGACAACAUUAGCAUUAUUGCUGAGCCCGGUAGAUAUUUCGCGGAAACUGCCUUUACGUUAGUUCUUUGCGUAGCUGGCAAACGUGAAAUUUAUGAAAUUGAUCAGAAGAUUCCAAAAAAGUUUGAAUAUUACGUCAAUGACGGGCGUUAUGGAUCCUUUUCUGAAUUUUUAAUGAGCUACGGAUGUCAGUAUCCUCAAGUUAUCGGAAAGAAAUCUGAAACGUUAUAUUCAACUCGUCUUUGGGGACCCACUGUUAGCGGAUCGGAUUGUAUAUUUGAGGAAUGCUACCUUCCUGAACUCGAAGUAGGGGAUCUAAUUUACUUUGAAGAAAUGGGAGCCUAUACGACAGUUUUAGGUACUAAUUUUAAUGGACUUACUAGACCUGUUUCAUACUAUGUCAUUGAUCAAGGGAUGUGGUAA